AUGGAUUCAUCUCAUUGCACUGAAAGUGGGUCCAAUACGCUUGAAAACUCUUACAAACCCUUGGUCUUUAAGGAGCUGAGGAAACUUUGGGAAACACAUGAUACUAAUCUUCCUUGGAAGAAUGGAGAUUACAAUGAAUCAAACACUUUAUUGUUGGACGAUUCUCCAUACAAGGCCUUGCUUAAUCCUAAGCACACUGCAAUCUUCCCUUCCUCGUACAGUUUUGAGGAAAGGAGCGAUAAUUCAUUAGGUCCAGGAGGUGAUCUUCAAGUUUAUCUGGAAGGUUUGGCGACCACUGAAAAUAUACCAAAGUAUGUAGAGCAACAUCCAUUUGGUGAACGUGCCAUAGAUGAAAGAAGCCCGGAUUGGAACUUCUAUUCCAACGUUCUUCACAAUCAUUCCUUUGUGCCAUCUAGAUGUUAA